CAGUCAUAGUGGCUACUAGUUACGCGUAAAGGGCCCUUGACAUAUUUAAAUUGCAUUAAGAAUGGGAUGUUUAAGGAAUAUGCUUGAGGAUUAGCAUUGUUAUCCAACAUGCAUCAUUAUUUACGAGAGGAGAAGCAGGAUUAGAAGCAUAAUAAUGUGUGCACAUACCUAUGUAUGCUCUUCUUUUUUGAGCAUCUUCCUAGUCUUAGAGAUGCAUUCUUUACCGAGGAAGGGGAUUUGAUUUUUUCUGAGACGGAUUCUCUAUUUGCUGAAUUCCCUUUGGGCUUGAGCUGGGCGCCUUACGUCCAAAGAAUACUUAGAAACAGACGCAACCCCUUGGAGAUCGAUUACAUAUUUGUCAUGGCUAAUAGUGAGAUUACUAGGAACGCGUGUAAGAGGUUUGGUGAAAACUUCCUCCCCGUGAAUAUUAAGGGGUAUUUUGAGAUGAGAUUCUAUAGGGGUCCCCUCAUUGAUCCGAUGCACAACAGUAACAAAGGCUAUCAGCAUCGGCCCAAUUACUGCCCCAAGCACUUUGGGGUUAAUUUUGUGGUUUAUAAACAUUGUCCGGAUAUUGUCUUACCAUAUAAAGGCGUAGCAUCAAGGGAGGAACAAUGA